AUGGAUUCCUGGGAAGACGAAGCAUUAUUUACCACACAGAGCUCUACGAACACUGACAUUUCAGCAGAAAUCGAAGGUAAUCGCGUGUAACGUUGAGUCAUUUCUGGCAGUGCUUUACUUCUUUAUCUACCUCUAAAGGCGGCGUUUCCAUUUUCAUUUUAAAAUAGAGCGAAGAUUUAGAACGCCAAUUACAGCUUCAGAAUGCGAGAAGCUUGACAAAAGCUAGGUAUCAGACGCCAGCCGCCGGAAAUGGGCGUCGGUUUUGAAAGUCUUUGCAAAGCCGUGGAAGAAGCAGAGAAAUGAAGCGCUUUUGAAACAAGAUUACGGUGGCGAUCCAGUAAUUGAAGAAGAUAUAGACGAGAUGUCAGACGAGUUGUUA